CAACCUCCUCCAGCCUGGCCAGGGCGAGCCGUUCCAGAGCCAGGAAGGAAGACUUGGGAUGGACCAAAGCCUAUCUCAAUUGUGGGAUCAACUGGUUCCAUUGGAACUCAGACUUUGGACAUUGUGGCAGAAAAUCCAGAUAAAUUCAGAGUUGUAGCACUUGCUGCCGGUUCAAAUGUAGCAGUCCUGGCUGACCAGGUGAAGACAUUCAAGCCUCAACUUGUUGCUGUCAGAAAUGAGUCACUGGUCGAUGAACUGAAAGAAGCUUUAGCUGAUGCUGAGCAAAAGCCAGAGAUUAUUCCUGGGGAGCAAGGAGUGAUUGAGGUUGCUCGCCACUCAGAUGCUGUCACUGUAGUUACUGGGAUUGUAGGUUGUGCGGGAUUAAAGCCUACAGUGGCUGCAAUAGAAGCAGGGAAAGACAUAGCUCUGGCCAAUAAAGAAACUUUGAUUGCUGGUGGUCCAUUUGUUCUUCCUCUUGCUCACAAGCACAAUGUGAAAAUCCUUCCAGCUGAUUCAGAACAUUCUGCAAUAUUUCAGUGUAUACAAGGUUUGCCAGAAGGUGCUCUCCGACGGAUUAUUUUGACUGCAUCUGGUGGGGCUUUCAGGGAUUGGCCUGUUGAUAAACUGAAAGAAGUUAAAGUUGCUGACGCUUUGAAGCACCCUAACUGGAACAUGGGGAAAAAGAUUACUGUGGAUUCUGCUACACUUUUCAAUAAGGGCCUAGAAGUCAUUGAAGCUCAUUAUUUGUUUGGAGCUGAAUAUGAUGACAUUGAGAUCGUGAUUCAUCCACAAUCAAUCAUACACUCUAUGGUCGAAACACAGGAUUCAUCUGUGCUUGCACAAUUGGGCUGGCCUGAUAUGCGUAUACCAAUCCUCUACACAAUGUCGUGGCCUGAACGAAUUUACUGUUCCGAAGUAACUUGGCCCCGCCUUGAUCUUUGCAAGCCUGGUUCAUUAACUUUCAAGGCCCCUGACAAUGUAAAAUACCCAUCCAUGGAUCUUGCCUAUGCUGCUGGACGGGCUGGAGGCACCAUGACAGGAGUUCUUAGUGCAGCUAAUGAGAAAGCUGUAGAGAUGUUCAUUGAUGAAAAGAUCAGCUAUCUGGAUAUCUUCAAGGUUGUGGAGCUAACAUGUGAUAAACACAGGGCAGAAUUGGUAUCCACUCCUUCCCUGGAGGAAAUUAUACAUUAUGACUUGUGGGCACGGGAUUAUGCAGCAAGUUUGCAGCAGACACCUGCACUUAAACCUGUCACUGCAUAAUUAAUGGAUGGCCAUUUUCCGCUCAGCCUAUUCCUGGGAUGUCUGCAAUGCAUCAUCAUUCUUUAAGAAAAAAUAGGAAGUUAUUGUAUUAUAUAACCGAUGAAGAAAGGAAUUACAAUACAUUCCCCCCUUAAUUAGGUUUUAAAUGUGAAGUCAAUUUCUGGCCAAUUGAGGGAUAAGUUCACUAAGGUGACUAAUUUUCAAGAGGAAACUACAGAAAGACUGCAGGGAAGUAGUGAAAGUCAAAAGUCAAUUGAACUAUCCAUUCCUCUAUAAAUGAAAAGGAAAGAGUGACUGAAAGUCAGAAGUUAUUGCAUAA